GAGAUAAUCACAGAAGAAGAGAAGAAGAAAAAAAAAAACAAAGACCCUUUUUCUUUCUUGCCCAUGUCUCUUUCCUUAGUGAAGAAACACUCUGUCUUGCAUCUGUGAGGAAAUUUGAGAUCAUUUCUUUCUUCCCAGCUGAAAGAGGAUAAUCUGUCGGUUUGUGAAGGAUGGCUUGUAAGGGUUGUUUGGAAUGCUUAUUAAAACUACUGAAUUUUAUACUCACUCUUUUGGGUCUAGCUAUGGUGGGUUAUGGGAUCUACUUGUUUGUUAUCUACAACAAGUCAACAUCAUCAUCAUCUUCUAAUGAUUCAAUCUCAGAAGCAAUUUCAAGCAAUGAUAUGAUGAUUUCUAGUCGACCAAUGCUCAUUGGAUUGUCUUUGUCAAGCAGUUUUAUUGAUAACAUACCGAAAGCUUGGUUCAUAUGUGUAUUUGUCGGUGUAGGGUUCGUUCUAUUUGUAGUAUCUUGUUUCGGUUGUAUUGGAGCUACAACAAGGAACCGAUGUUGUCUAACAAGUUAUGCAGUUCUGGUUAUCUUGCUUAUCUUGAUUCAACUAGGAUGUGCAGCUUUCAUAUUCUUCGAUAAGAGCUGGAUCGAUGAAAUACCAACUGAUAAUACUGGAGAUUUUGAUAUGAUUUAUGACUUUCUAGAUGAGAAUUGGGAUAUUAUUAAGUGGGUUGCUCUCGGUUUUGUUAUUUUUGAGGCUGUUCUUUUUGUAUUGGCGCUUAUAGUAAGAGCUACGAAUAAACCAGUUGAGUAUGAUAGUGACGAAGAAUAUAUUGGUGGGGAAAGACAACAACAAAACCGACAGCCAUUGAUUAACAGGCAGCCAGCUCCUCCGGCCACUGGAGUACUUGUUAAUACUGCUAGCAGAAAUGAUGCUUGGAGUACACGAAUGAGAGAAAAGUAUGGUUUGGAUACUUCUGAAUUCACAUACAAUCCGGCUGAUCCAACCAGGACACAAGCAGCUGAAGGAACGCAGGCGCAGACGGAGGAAAAGCGGUGCUGCGCGAUUAUGUAACUGGCGUUUAAAUUUGGUAUUGGUUUGGUUUAUUCAUUGAAUGGUGUUUUGUGAGAAACCGAGAGUUUCAUGUUUUUUGUUGUACAAAACACAAUUGAGUUUUUUUUUUAUUGCAACUUAUUUGUUUUAGCUUAA